GCAGAACGUCACGUGCGGGGGGUGGAUCGCGGGUGACGCCCAGGGGGUUUUGCCGCGAUGAUGACGUCACGGAAAGGGAUGCGCGGGUGACGUCACGACGGUGGAUGCACCGGUGACGUUUUGGGAGGGAGGAGGCGCUGAUGACGUCAUGCCCGGCGAACGCGCCGCGCAGUGGCGAGGAGCGAGGAAAGGAGCAGGCGCCAUGAGCGCCUCGCGGAGCCAGGAUGCGUCCUUACAGGAGCCUGAGAAGGCACAGCAAGAAUCCAGAACAGAAUCGACGGUUCCACCUGAUCACCGACCAGAGGGCAAGCCCGCGGAGAAGUUAACCAACGCAUCCCAGCCUUUGGACGACAAUGCUUCCGCAAAAGAGUCACGCCUUCAGCGGCGUUCCAAAAAAGAAUCCCAAGCGGCUGAAUGUCCAGAAGGCGAGUCCCAGGCUUCGCUCGGUUCUCGCAAGCCAAGCGAAGAGUCGGUGGACGCGCAGCGCCGAAGGGGAGAUGCUGACUGUGAGCGGCAAAUUGCGGAGGUUGAGGGUGACGCGGGAGGAGAGUGCUCCCGGGCGUUGCAGGCCGGAGCGGAGGGCGAGCGCAGCAGCAGCAGCAACGCGGUGAUGAUGACUGCGCGGGACGCGGCGCGCAUCAGCAACGCCUCCAUGCUGCUUCUCGAUGCCGCGGAGCGCAGCAGCCACCGCCUGUGGAUUGGAAACAUCGACCUGCGUGUCACGGAAUUUCACCUGUUAAAGAUCCUGCAAAAGUUUGGCCACAUCAAGGAGUUUGACUUUUUAUUCCACAAAUCGGGUCCUUUGGAAGGCCAGCCUCGAGGAUACUGCUUUGUGAACUACGAGACGAGACCGGAAGCGGAACGUGCCAUACAGCACCUGAACGGGAAGCUGGCUCUCUCGCGCCCGCUUGUCGUCCGCUGGGCACAUGCGAAGUUUGCGCAAGGAUAUGAGUAUCCAAAGAAGGAGGUGGUCAUGCCAACAAGCUUGGAGCCGUCGACCAGUGAGCCGCCAGCCCCCGUACAGACGAGCCUCAGCAUCAACGCCAAGAUCCAGGCGAUCGAGGCGAAGCUGAAGAUGAUGGAGGAGAACCCCGACAUGGAGUAUUGCCCCUCUCCGGAGUCCAACCCCCUCUUCUACAUCAACCGAGUUGCGGGCAACGCCGCGGACGGGGGCAGGCCCGAGCGGCGGCCGUGGACUGACCGGCGAGGCCGGGGGGCCCCCUACCGCUCGCAUUAUUCCCGCGGGGGGCGCAGAUAGCACGGUCAUGUACACGCACACACACGUGUCUACUAGCACACACACAAACACGUCUACUAGCACACACACACGUCUACUAGCACACACACGUCUACUAGCACAUACACGUC